GAGUUAGGUGGUUGGGGACUUGUCUACCUGGGACCUCACCCGCUAGAAUGUUCUUACGCCAUGGCAGAUUCUCCUUUCGGUCUUCACUCGUCGAUCCGCCUCCGUCGCCUCGCCUCUUACAUAAGAGCUCCGUCGCCUCUCGCUUGCAGGCACCUGCAAUGAAAGCAUCGAUCGGAAUUAGCUACCCGAUCAGCAUCGAUCGUUUCCCUGGUUCCUCUUUUUCGCCGCAGCAUCCGACGCAGAUACCAGCAGCUAGCUAGCACGCGAUGAAGCAAAAGAUCGUGAUCAAGGUGAGCAUGGCGUCCGAGAAGAGCCGGUCCAGGGCCAUGGAGCUCGUCGCCAGAGCAGACGGGGUGAGCUCGAUGGGGGUCACCGGCUCCGGCAGGGACCAGCUGGAGGUGGUCGGCAACGACGUCGACACCGUCUGCCUGGUCAAGUGCCUGCGCAGGAAGCUCGGCCACGCCGAGAUCCUCAAGGUGGAGGAGGUCAAGGACAAGAAGCCCGAGGAGAAGAAGCCGGAGGAGCCCAAGAUCGUGGACCCGCCGCCGUAUUACUACUACCCCGGUUACUAUUACCACCACCACCUGCCGGCGCCGUGGUGCUGACUGGUGACGACUAGAGAAACGCGAAGGAAACGGCUGGUUUUUGGAUUACUUUGAUUCAUAUUUGUUCUAUGCGAGGGAAAAGUUAUAACAAACAGUUUUGCUAUUGUACAUUGGUUUGAAAUUUUGGUUCUGUAACGAGGUCUGAGAUCUUGAUCGAGGUUAGCUACAAGUACAAACUGAGUGGAUGCAGUACGUCAUUGAGUGCAAAUUUGUUUGAUCCUA